AUGCCUGCACAGCACUCAGCCAAGGCUCGACUGCCACGAGCAGGCGCAUACAGCCCGACCCUCACCUUCUUCAACCAAGAUGAGAGCAUCGACCUCCACAAUACCGUCGAGCACGCCCUUUGGCUCGCACGCUCUGGACUCGCAGGACUGGUAGUCAUGGGAACCAAUGGAGAAGCACCCCUCGUGGAGAGGGAGGAACGCCUACAGAUCCUCAAGGCCAUUCAAAACGCACUCGUUGCAGAGGGACUCACCAACUGCGACCUCAUCGUAGGCUGUGGUGCCCAGUCCCUGCGUUCGACGCUGCUACUGAUCGAGGACGCAAAGUCAGCAGGCGCUGCCGCCGCCCUCGUCCUCCCACCCUCCUACUGGGCUGCAGCACUCAGCAAAGCUGCCAUUCUGCAAUUCUACGACGAUGUAUGCGCUUCUAGUUCCCUACCCGUCAUGGCCUACAACUUCCCCGCUGUCACUGGAGGUAUCAACCUGACCUCGGACGAUCUCCUACAGCUCGCCAAGAGGAAUGCAAACUUCGUGGGAGUCAAGCUCACCUGUGGAAAUGUUGGGACAGCCCAUCGAGUGGCUUCCACCUUGGGUCCAGAACGGUUCCUCACGCUGGGUGGACGCUCUGAGAGCGCUCUCCAUAUGCUCCUCGGAGGGGCCUCUGGAGUCAUUGCAGCAUCGGCCAACCUAGCGCCCAAGUCACACGUCAAGCUCUGUGAACUAUGGAAGAAGGGAGACCUCAAAGACGCCAUGGACUUGCAGACUCUGCUUUCCAAUGCGGACACGCAAGCCAGCAAGGGCGGCAUUGGUGGCCUCAAGGCCCAUGCCUGCACCAUACGAGGGCUGCCCUUUGAGCACGCUCGUGUACGGUCGCCCUUGGUCACACCCAGCGCAGCAGAAGUCAUCGAAGACACCUCUGCAUUGGGUCAACUCUUGGCCUAUGAGCGCAGCCUGUGA